UAUCACAUUAUCGCUGUCACCGAAACUUGGCUUAAUGACUGCAUCACUGAUAAACAGAUAGCCCUCACGGGCUACUCCAUUUUACGGGUUGAUCGUAGAGGACGUCACGGAGGAGGGGUUGCACUUUUCCUGAGGAAUGGACUCUGCUCGCAUAUAGUGGACACAUCAGCCUCCUUGGAACGAGAUGGAGUGCCGGAAUAUCUACUAGCUGAAGUUUGGAGUCCUGCUCGAUCAAAGAUGCUGAUAGCUGUUGUGUACAGGCCUCCGAAAAUCGGCUUCAUAGACAUCUUCGAAGAAGAGUUUGCAGCUACUGUGUCUAGAUAUAAGUUUGCAUUUAUCCUCGGUCUUGAUUUUGCCUGGUCGACGAAUGGCUACGUGUAUCAUACAAGAUUUGACACUGUUGAUCAAAUACCAUUGGGGUCAUUACAGCGCACUGGUGAUAACAUCUUAGCUUUAGCUCAUGGAAUUACAUCAAGCCAUUAUUUAUCUGAUCCACUAGUUGAAUUUUCUGGUGGAAAUCUUGUAUUCUUCGACUUCUUGGGCGCAUUUGUUAUCCGUUGGCCACAAUACAUGGCAAGCAUUGUUAAUCUUAUUAGCAUUUGUAUAGGAGUCUACUCUAUUUACUUGAAUGCAGCAACUGCUCGCAGAGAGGUUAAAAGCUCAAUGUACGUGAAACAAUUAAUGAUAUGCAUGGCCACACUAAUUGGUUCAUGGCUUGCAUCAAUGUUCACGGUCACAUUAAUUGGUCUGAUCUUAACUGAGUUCGGAAAAGUUAUGAGCUGGUAUGCCAGACCUGCCUGGUUACUCUUUCUCUACGUGUGCCCAACUGUCUUCGUAUCUAUGCUUUCAUUAAUUUCUAUGGCUACACGUCAAAGAUUGGACAUUCAUUCGAGUUGGACUUUAUAUCAACUGUACUGUGAUGCACAAAGUAUAAUAUGGAUGUCAGUUUUACUUUUGUGCAGUAUCCUAGAAGUUCGUUCUGGAUUUAUACCACUACAUUGGGUAUUGUUUCCUGCAAUUGGAAAUGUAUUGCACAAUAGAUUAUUCAAUAAUUGGAAAGAUUGGAAGUGGUUGUGUUACCAGGUUGGAAUAUUAACCUUGCCUUACGUACAAUCGUUUUACUUGGCCAUUGGUGCUCUUUAUCUAUUUAUCCCCAUAAUGGGAAGAUCCGGUGCCAGCAUUAACUCGGAAGUUGUGAUGGCCAAUAUGAUAUCACUUUUAUUUUGUCUCCUACUCAGUUUUACGCUGCCUGUGGUCCUUUUGAUAAAAAAUGUUGAAAGAGUGAUCAGUGUGUGGAUAGGAAUAUUUUUAAUAGCUAUGGGCGUUUUGAUACUCACUCCCCUUAGUUUUCCAUACAGUGGAGAUCCGCAGUCACCAGCUCCAGCUCGUUUUAUGAUUGCGCACACUCAGAGAACAUAUUAUUAUGUAAAUGGAUCUGUGCGGCAUUCUGGAAAUGGAUAUUGGAUAGUUGAUCUAGACAUGAAUAGUCCACGCAGUGUGGCGAAUACGGUUCCAGAAGUGAGUAUCGCUGCGCAUACUAUUAAGGAUUGCGAAGAAGAGCUAUAUUGCGGCCUACCAUAUUUGAUGCCUGUUACUACGUUUCUCUGGAAAACCAGUUGGAUUCCUGGACCUGCACCUUUGAUAAGGAUACCCACAAAUCUUGAAUUAAUAUCGAAAGAAUUACGAGGGGAUACUAUAACUUUCGCAUUUAGUGUGACAGGUCCAGAUCAUAUUGGAAUAAUUUUAUCACCAUAUAAGGAUGUCCAUUUGCAAAAGUGGAAUGUUCUAGAUGGCAGACCGCUGCAAGGUCCCAUGUGGAAAAAUAGAGAGACGUAUUUCAUAUAUUACUCCUGUGCUUCAGACUGCAUUCCAUAUCACUUCUCCAUCACACUGGCCGUAAGAUACUACUUUAAAUACAAUUAUAGUUAUUCGACAAGUCGUAUGUAUAUGUAAUCUGCUAUUUUUAACACUGUCUUACCAAGCAACGGUGUUCUAUCAAUUUGGUGACAUAGACUUUUGUAAUUGAGUAAAUUAUAGCUACAAUGCAGUUACCAGUCUUAUGUUUGAGAGUUUUUUAAAGGUCGGUAUGUGACUGUACUGUUUUCUUAGGAAAUUGUUCAAUUUUUACUGCUCAUUAUUGAAUAUGUCAUGCAUACGAACAUAUUGUUUUUAAAGUUUUUGACUGAUUAGAACAUGAGAUAAUCUUACAAAUUAGUUUUUUAUACACGAUGAGGCCUAUAUGAAGUAAAAAUUAGC